CUAAAUAUUUCUUUUGUUUAAAACCAAUAUAAAAUUUUUAACAACUAAGUGGAUGAUGAUAACUGCGGAUGCUAGUUUCGUUGCAAUUUUUAAAGCUGAUUUAAAGUUUCAAAAUUAAGUGGUUGCUGACAACUUGUUGUCAGUUUCAGCUUAUUCAUAGCGAGGGACAUAGUUAGAAAAUAAAAUGUUUUUAAAGAAAUAAUAACGACCAUAAUCAUUUUGAUAAAUUUCCAUAUUAUUAUUGUGUGUGCAGAAAAGUAACAAUAACAUAUUCGACUACGAUUACAUUAGGUGUAACUUUUAUGUACAUAGCAGUAUUGAUAAGUGAUGAAAGAGUACAAGCUCUGUACACUUGGAGACCGUACGAUAUGAAAUUUCACUUUUGGAUAACUUGGAUUCAUGAAUUCAUUGGUCAUUUUAUAACAGCAAGUAUUCACAUUGUUGGCGAUACAAUGGUACCUGGUUUCAUAAUGCAACUAUGCUGUCAAUUAAAGCUCUUGGAAUAUCGUCUAAAUAAGUUCCCCUCUCAAGUUGACAAUAUUCAAAAGACUCUAAAUUCUGAUGCAAUUAAAGAAAAAUUUGAGUCGUCAUUUAUUUCUAAAUCAGUGAAACAUCAUAAUACGAUAUUUUGGUAAAUCAAUAAC